CAAGAGGGGCGAUUCACGAAUAAUUAGGAUACGGCAUAUUUAAUAGAACAAAAUAAGAGUCAUGACCCCUCCACUUCUUUGAGUCCAAUCAAAUGGUCCUUUAAUUAACAAAAAUGAAUUCUUACGCCAUUAAGCUCCCACACCUUUCCCUUUUACUUUCUUCUUCUUCUUCUUCUUCUUCUUCAACCUUGUUCUCUCAACUCAAUGGGUUAUCUCUCCUGCAAAGCCGGAUCCGCCGUCGCAAUCGCCGUAUCUUCUUCCGCAUCAACCUCCAGCAAAGCUUCUGCUCCUCCCGAAUCUCCCACCGAAGAAGACCGCCCCAGGCUUCGUCGUUUCCUCCAUCGCGAUCUCGAAUCAGCCACAGGAGGAUUCGACAUCAACAAUCUCCUCGGCCGUGGUAGCCAUGGAAGCGUUUACAAAGCGGUCAUCGGUUCGCGCCUCGUCGCCGUCAAGAGACCUUCGAAAUCUCGCGAAAUCAGCCGCGAGUUCCACAACGAGUUCGAGAUUCUCUCCAGGAUCCGUAGCCCUAGGUUCGUGAAUCUCUUAGGUUUUAGCGCCGAUAACUCCAAAGAUCCGCUUCUCGUUGUUGAGUUUAUGGGGAACGGAAGCUUAUACGAAGUGAUUCACUCCGAUUCCGUUUUGAAUUCCGUUGCGAUCUCAAGCUGGAGCAAGAGAAUCAAAAUCUCUCUUCAGAUAGCGAAAGCCGUACAUCUCCUACAUUCCCAGGAGCCACCGAUCAUACACAGAGAUAUCAAAUCAGCAAAUGUACUGAUGGAUAAGAACCUAAACGCGAAGCUAGGCGAUUUUGGAUUAGCGAUCAGAUGCAAUGUGGACGAUCAGAAAGUGAAAUCAACACCACCUGCAGGAACAAUGGGGUACUUAGAUCCAGAUUACGUUACGGCUGAUAGAUUAAGCACUAAAACAGAUGUGUUCAGCUUUGGGAUAUUGUUGUUAGAGAUAAUCAGCGGGAGGAAAGCAAUCGACGUAAGAUACUCGCCGUCGUUUAUAGUAGAUUGGGCGAUUCCGAUGAUAAAAAGAGGCAAAAUCGGUGGGAUUUAUGAUCCGAGAAUCGGACCACCGGUGGAUGUGAGCGUGAGGAAUCAUCUGGGGUUGGUGGCGGCUAAGUGUGUGAGAACGUGCAGAGAGAAAAGGCCCGGGAUGGAGGAAGUGGUUGGGUGGCUCACGGGGUUGACUAAGUCGGUUAAGUCACGACGGUGGGAUGAGUUAAGCAUUGGAAACCCGUGUAUGAUGGUCGAGACGGUUGGUCGACCCGUGGAAUGAUUCUUUUUCUUUCAAGUGCUUUGCUUUGAAGCCAUUUUUUUUUUUUUUUUUUUGUGGUUUGGUCAAUUUAUUCAUUUAACAUCUAUAUAUUGUAUUUGAUGAUUAGAAUCUGAAAAUUUGCCUUGUACAA